AUGACUGCCAUCCCAGGGGCCAACGUCAGUAGUCUCGGCCACUUCGAGGACUUUGUCAGCUUCGAGCAGCAGAAGGAAAUUGUUACCGAGCGGGAUGCCGUUGGUGUUCUAUGCUAUCUGAUUCCAGCAUACGCAGUCACAUACAUCCUGUUCGGAUAUGCUGUCAACAUUACCCAGAUGGGAAAGUACCCAAUCGAAGUGCAGCAAAGCUGGGGUGUCAACAAACACUGGCUUUCGGUCUUUCAUUCUGCCUCAGCCUGA